AUGGAAAAAGUUCGGAACCUUGAGCAGCGCUUGCUGGGCCCUGCUGGGCGCCAGCAUCUGAACGAGAUCUCCGACCUCUUCACGUUGUGCGAAUCCGAGGACCUUCGCCUCGUGGCUGCUGCACUAUCCAGUGUGUCGAAAGCUUUGGCGCACCACCGCAAGCUGACAGUCGAGCUUGCAGGGGAAGCAGACAGAAGUGCUGAGCAAGAGCUCGUGAAAUGGCUUCGCCAACAUGGCGAGGCCUUGCGAUCGCUCCUGUUGCAGCUGGCCGGUUCUGGGCAGACUCGUGCUCAAGUUUGUGCUGUUCGGCUCCAAGCCUCGCUUCUGCGGGACGAGGCUCUUGAAAUGAGCCUCUCGACCAAGAUGUCCGGUGACGAGCUGGCUCGACUAUUUGGGCUCGCAAGGCCUGAACUUCAGAUCCAGACGCUGCUCACUGAGCUGCUCCUGGCACCCAGGUGGAAUAGCCAAGUCGUGGACUGCCUCAUGUCUGAAUACGUUCGUGAGUACGACGACUUCAGGCACUAUAUGAUGAGCCAUUUGCGCAGCUGUGCAGAGCAGGUGGGCAAAGUCAGCCGUGAACCCGGCAGUGAGGUGUCCAAAGACACAACCGUGACGGACAAGGGCGAGGAGGCCGAGCCACCCACCAAGCGCAAGCGCCUGCAUGGGCCCUUUGCAGAAGCUGCCUUUCAGAAAGGGCGCAGCGCAGAGGAGCUCUUCGAGAGGCUGCUGGCCCUGCUGAAACAGGCUCCGGAACCAGAUCCUGUCAAAGCCCAGGACGAGGAGGUCACGGGCGAGCUGCUGUUGCCCACCAGCAGGCCUCUGGGCCACUACCGCCGCGAGUACAGGAAGCUCUUCCAAGAAGCCUGGCUAAAGCUGCUGGGACUUCGCGUGCCACUUGUCCACUGCAGCGCCUUGCUCCAGCUGCUGCCCACUUCUGUGAUUCCACAUCUGAGUCGGCCGCUGCUGUUGUCUGACUUCUACCUACGAGCUUUCCAUGCAGGCUCCCUGGAGAUUUCCGUUCUAGCGUUGAGCGGCCUGCUCUUGCUGCUCACUCGGUAUGGUCUUGGUGAUCCGGAGACCCUCUCUGCGUCUUGUGGUGAGUUCUAUUCCCAGCUCUACAGCCUGCUUCGGCCUGCCACCUUCCGACUGAAGCGCCGUGCGCGCUUCCAGCGGUUGGCAGCAGCUGCUCUUACUAGUGGCCUACUGCCAGGCGGAUUUGCGGCAGCCUUCGCCAAGAAAUGUCUCCGGGUGGCAAUCGCGCUUCCGGAGCCUGGGAGCAUUUUGUGGCUCCUGAGCCUGGCAUACGGCCUCAUCCAGAGGAACCACAGCCACUGCAGCUUCCUUCUCCAUCGGGAAGAGAUUGAAGGGAUGUCGAACCUGACGAAGGAUACCUUCGACAGCGAGGCAGACCUCACACAGGCCACCAAGCAGGUCGCUUCCAGUUCCUUGUGGGAGGUUCAGCUGCUUUUCCGUCACCAUUUGCCUGCGGUCUCUACGCUGGCGAAGCUUUUUGAGCGGCCGUUCUUCAAGCCUACAUCACGAAAGCUGGAUCCGGAGAUCUUCUUGGACCAGAGCGUGGCGAAGGCCUACGAGCAAGCCCUGAAGUCCGCAGAUCGACAGGCGGCCAGGCUGAAGGCUCGUGGAACGACGUGUCCAUUGGCCUUCCAAGUCGAGGACGAUCCGCUCGUGCUCCGGGUGUCUGGCUGGGCAGCAGCCUUGUCUACAGGACAGCGGCGGAUCGGUGCUGGUCUCUGA